AUGGAUACCAAUCGCGAUAUCGAGAAAGCAACAACAUCGGAGUUCGGACAAGCGCACUCCGAACGCAACCAUGACGCAUCGUACGCAUCAAUAAAAGUACCCUCAAGAACGGCGUCGCGAAAUGAAGAGGAGGAGAUUGCAAGAAUACCAACACACAUGUCUCACGCUUCUCGUACAAAGAAGUCGGUCGUUGGGCUUGCAAAGACCAUUACCGCUCGUUCGAAUGCGUCCGUCAUCGAUCCUGGACCACCGCCCGAUGGAGGGACCAAAGCUUGGAUACAGGCAUUCAUGGGUCACUUCGUGAUAUUCAAUACAUGGGGCAUGAUUGCCACGUUCGGAGUCUUUCAACAACACUACACGCUCGAUCUAGGCCUUGAGCCAUCAGCCGUAUCCUGGAUCGGAAGCUUUCAAAUGCUGGGACAUUUCUCGCUAGGCAUGUUGACAGGUCGGUUGUUUGACGCAGGAUACUUCUACUGGUCUGUCAUACCUGGCAUGCUCGUCUCAUGUCUAGGAAUGUUCAUGACCAGUCUAUGCACAAAGUACUGGCAAUUCUUCCUUGCGCAGGGUGUCAUGAAUGGACUGGGGAACGGUAUGCAGUUUGCUCCCGUCCUGGGACUCGUCAGCACAUACUUUGCGAAGAACCGGAGUGUGGCGCUGGCAAUCAUGGCUUCAGGUAGCGCAACCGGUGGGUUGGUAUAUCCGACCAUCGCGCGACAGCUUCUUCCUAAAAUCGGCUUUCCCUGGACAGUCAGGGUCAUGGGGUUCAUGAUGUUGGCCAUAGGGACAUGUUACUGCUCGCUGCUGAAACCAAGACUACCUCCGAGGAAGUCUGGUCCGGUUCUUGAACUUAGUGCUUUCGGAGAGCUGCCAUACAGCGUGUUCCUGAUUGGAGUCUUCCUCAUUGCUCUCGGACAGUACUUCGCCUUCUAUUACAUCUCCUCCUUCGCAGUCGAUAUUCUCGACUUACCAUACGGUACCUCCAUCAACGUUCUCUUAGUGCUCAACGGUGUGGGUGUCCUUGGUCGUCUCGUGCCCUCAUACUUCGCUGACAAAUAUACUGGGCCAUACAAUAUUCUCAUACCCUUUUGUUUCGUUUCCGCUUUUGUCCUGUACUUCUGGCCUCUGGUCAAGAGCGAGGCUAGCCUUUACGCUUGGGCUGUGUGCUAUGGUUUCUUCGUUGCGGGCUUCCAGGGUAUCUUCCCAGCUGCGAUGACUACACUGACAAAGGACAUGAGCAAAGUGGGCACGAGAAAUGGUCAAGGCCUCGCGAUCGUCGGACUGGGCACUUUCAUUGGGCCGCCAAUCGCUGGCGCGCUGAUACAAAGUAACGGAGGAGGCUAUCUAAGUGCGCAGGUGUUCGCUGGGACUGCAGUGUUACUGGGGAGCUGUAUUUUGGUAGUGGGACGGUGGAGUAUCACGGGACCGAAUCUAAAGGUACGAGUAUAG